GUAGCGCCAACAUGGAUUAUUGUCACCGCGGUUUAAGACAGUCGUGCUGAUAUUUCAGCAAUUAUCAAAAUAAACAACUCUGUUUAACUGACAUAUUUGUAUAAAGUUAUACUCACUAGCCGUAUUGAUACCAGAAAAUAGCUGGAAUCUUCUCUAUUUGCGACGGAGGGAGGAACAGACCAGACAUUCAAAAUGGUGGCUCUCCUAGCCUCAGCACUUCUACCGCAGGCGGAGGGUUACACCGAAAAAAACAAAACUUCAAUGGAAUGGAAUGAGAAAGGAACGAAGACCUCAAACAGACGAGCGCGCAAAUUAUUUGCAUAACUCUCAAUUAGCUAGCAAAUCCACCAGCUUCGACACUGCUAUGUGAUAUUUGAGUGAGUAACGUGGGUUGCUGGGCCCUUCCACAGCACCGGCUUUGCAGGCCCCCUCCACACUAUUAACAUGGAUGGCAGGGACGAUUUCAUUGAGGACACCGAAUGCCACAGCAACAAUUCCCAACAGGACAGCGUUUCAGAAGACAGUGAUAGCGACCUGGACAACCACGACUCAUCCUCCAACACCUCAGCUGACGACCACAUGACCUCCACCAAGAGAACACACCACAGGGGAGUUAAAGAAGAGAGCGAGGAGGGGGCCGACCUGAUGAACAGCUGUGUGUGUCCUCUGUGCACCCUGGAGUUCAGCAGCCCCGAGCAGCUCAUCACACACGUCUACCAGCACACAUCGUUGAUGGGCAGCAGUAAGAACUACGUGUGCCCAGUGUGUGGGCGCGCGCUCAGCUCGCCAGGCUCCCUGGGGCGCCACCUUCUCAUCCACUCUGAGGACCGCCUCUCCAACUGUGCUGUGUGUGGGACACGCUUCACCGACACCAACAACUUCAACAGGGAGAAGCUCAGAGAGAUCCUGAACACAGGCAGCAGUAUGGAAUGCAGCAGCGGAGAUGAGAACUGUUCCAUGUCCCGGUCUCUCUCCGGCAGCCCCAUGGGCAACCCCGGUCAUGGCCUGGGACACAGCCACGGGCCCGGCCACAACCAAGGACACGGCCCAAACCACAACCCUGGCACAGGCCACAUCCCGGGACACAACCACGGCCCGGGAUACAACCCCGGCCACAACCAGGGACACAACCAUGGCCAAGGUCCCGGACACCUCCCAGGCCACCCACUCCCCUCGCUGCACCACAGCCUCCUCUCUUCGCCCCCCUCCUUCCCUGACACCCUCAGCCCCUCACCAGGCCUACCUCUGCUGCCAGACAUCCUGAGCCCCAUGCCUGUGCACCCGGCCGGAGUGCUGCUGGUGUGCAACAGCUGUGUGGCCUACCAGCAGCUGGUGGACGCCCAGUCUCCUAUGAGGAAGUGGGCCAUGCGCAGGAAGAACGAGCCGGUGGAGGCACGCAUGCACCGUCUAGAGCGCGAGCGCUCCGCCAAGAAGACCAAGCGGGAGCACGAGUCGCCCGAGGAGCGGGAGCUGCGACGGCUGCGGGACCGUGAAGCCAAGCGGAUGCAGAGGCUGCAGGAGACAGAGGAGCAACGGACACGGAGGCUUCUCCGCGACAGGGAGGCCAUGCGGAUGAAGAGGGCCAACGAGACGCCAGAUAAGAGGCAGGCCAGGCUGAUCCGUGAGAGAGAGGCCAAGAGACUGAAACGGCGGCUGGAGAAGAUUGACCCCUCCCUGAGAGGUCAGAUAGAGCAUGACCCAGCUGCUAUGGCCGCCCUGACGGCAGACAUGAGCCUGUUCCAGUUCCCCUGCCCCAUGCCUGUCCCCUCUCUGGACAACAGCCUCUUCAUGAAGCUGCCCUAGCAGGACCAGAUCACUGGGGGCAGCACACUGGACCACUAACAGUUACAAUGACUUACUCCACUACGCCUAUGGGUUGCCAUGGUCACAGAUGGAACCAUUCCAUGCUGGUUGAAAUUCCAGCAGCUUCUGUGUCCAAGGACUUGAUACCCAAACUCCUGUGUCAACAAAUAACAUUAAUUUAUUACAGACUAGCAGGGUCAAGAAUGUUUCACUUAAUGAUAUUGAUAAAGCAUGUUGUCAAGAGAUUUGAUCUGUUCAGGGGGCUAGCAGACUUUGACUUAGCAGCCCAUUGUGUCAGGAGCAGUUACACCCUUCCAUCUUUUGCACAUGGACCUUUAGUGGUGGGAGUGAGUCACGUAGCCCAUAGCUCUUUCCCUCGCCUCUGGUCCCUUCUGCUAGCCCAGUCGCUGGAGUUUACCGGGAGCUACACCUCUCUCUGUCUCACGCUGCCAACGUGGGUCUCUGCUCUGGCUAGCUCAUAUCCACCCAAUCAACUACCUCAGUAAGGGCCGAGGACGAGCCCUCUGGUCUACGUUCUGACUCCAAGCUUCUUUACACGUACACUACAGAAGAGAAUGCGGGUUGUUUCCUUCGUUUGAGGAUUUGUUUAUAUCUUUAGGAUGUGCUUACUGGGGGAAUAUUCAACAGGACAGAACAUUCAGAAAUGUAUGGUAUAAAACGGGAACGAUAGAAAACGGGCCUGUUCUAUACAUCACAAUUCUAUCCGCUAUGCUCAGAAUAUUCUGUACUAUUUAAUGAGCCCUGUUUUGAGCAACAUUCUCCUUCAUUCCAGCAUGUUCUCUUCAACUCAAUAUACAGUUGAAGUCGGAAGUUUACAUAAACUUAGGUUGGAGUCAAACCUAUAGUUUUGGCAAGUCUGU